AUGCUUGCAAUAAUAAUUUCAUUUGCAAUGAUGCUACUUUAUAUUGAAUUCUUAGCCGAAAUUAGACAUUCUGCAAGCAAAAAGACAUUAAAAGCAAAGGCACAUUCAAAGAUUGACGCUCAUCUAUUACUAUUUAGCUUUUCUUUUCCAAUUGCUUAUGCAAUCCUAGCUGAAAAUCACAUAUUGUAUUUGCACAUUUUAGCAUUUAUUUUCCCAGCCACUUUAAUAAAAGAAGUCUUAACGCUUUUGCCUUAUUAUUCAUUUUUUGCAAUAUAG